CUGUCAAAAUUUUAUGAAAUUAUAUUAUAGUAAACGUGUUUUUAGAUUUUUGUCAAUUGAAUUAUCAAAUAAAUUGUAAAUGUACCUAUAGAUUAAGUUAAUAGGCCGAUUACGAUGAUGCAAACGCCGUACAGCGUUAAUAUAUAGGUUUUAUAUAAUACUACGAUAAUUUCGUAUUAGAUAUUUGGUUCUAAUUUUUGUUAUCUGCUAAUUUUGUUGGGUUUUUUUUGUCGAUUUCUACUGCGAUUAUUAAUCGCCGAUUAUCAACGUUGUAUUAUUCAUUUUAUAUAGUCGUCUCGUGUGCCUGUACUCGUGUGUUACGUUGUAUUUUCGCCGUUUAUGUGUAGUAACUAUUUGUUUUAAAAUGCCAAAAGUUAAAUCAUCUCUUUCGUGUAAACUCAAUAAUUUUGUAUCAGAGUUCGGCGAAGAAGUGUUUAAGGUAGAUGACAAUGUAUUAUUUUGUCAAUUAUGUGAGUGUAAAGUGAACAGUGAAAAAAAAUUUAACAUAACUCAGCACUUAAAAACAGAUAAACAUAUUAAAGCAACGAAGCGCCAUCAAAAUAAAAUUGAAAAAAAACAACAGUUUCUUACGAGCUACCAAAAAAACUCUUUUAAUGUCGAUUUAUGUAAAGCAUUUAUAGCGGCAAACAUUCCUUUAAAUAAAUUAUCUAAUCCAAUAUUUCGACAAUUUCUUGAAACGUACAUGAAAAAUCCGAUUCCAGAUCAAACCACGUUAAGAAAGUUAUAUGUGGAUAAUAUAUAUAACGAGACUAUGGAAAACAUUCGUUCUAAAUUAUCUUCUAAGCGAAUAUGGGUCAGCAUCGAUGAAACAACCGAUUUCGAAGGACGGUAUAUAGCAAAUGUGAUUGUCGGCAGUCUUGAAGCCGACCGUCAAGGUGUCGUAUUUUUACUUCAUACUGAAGAACUAGGAAAAACAAAUUUUUCUUCUAUCAGUCAGCUAUUCAACAAGUCAAUGGGUAUAUUGUGGCCGAACGGAGUACAACAUGAACAUGUUCUUUUAUUUGUAUCAGACGCCGCACCAUAUAUGGUAAAGGCAGGGACGGCUCUCCAAGUUUUCUAUUCUAAAAUGCUACACGUGACGUAUGCAGCCCAUGGUUUGCACAGAGUAGCAGAACAGGUUAGAUCUCAUUUCAGUACAGUGGAUAAGUUAAUAGCAAGUGUUAAACAAGUAUUUAAAAAAGCUCCGAGUCGGUUACAAUUAUUUAAAAAUGAACUUCCUGGAGUAAAGUUGCCGCAAGAACCAGUUAUUACACGUUGGGGAACCUGGCUUAAUGCAGCUACCUAUUAUUGCGAGAAUAUACAAGCUGUUCGUCAUAUUAUUGGAUUACUCGACCAAGAAGAUGCGAUUAGUAUUCAAAAAGCAAAAAAAUGUUUAGACAACCCUAAUCUUGAAAAUAACUUGGCAUACAUUAAAUCAAAUUUUUCUAUUUUAUCUGUAACCAUUGAUAAAUUGCAAGCGAAAAAUAUGUCCUUAGCUACAUCAUUAAAUAUUAUUGAAAAUAUCGAAGAAACACUGAAAACACUAAAUGGUGAACAUGGUAAACAUAUAUAUUUCAAAUUAAAAAACGUUUUAGAAAAAAAUAGUGGUUUGUCUAAAUUAAAACAUAUUUCAAAUAUCUUGGAUGGCGAAGAAAAUACAAAUAUUGGUGAAUUACUUGGUGAACUUACAUGUAGCGAUAUUGUAUAUUUCAAAUAUGCACCAAUUGUAUCAGUGGACGUCGAACGUUCAUUUUCGACGUACAAGACUUUGUUGGCAGACAACCGCCGUAAAUUCAAAUUCGAUAAUCUGGCCAAGCAUUUAAUAAUUCAAUGUAACACUCAAGACCUUCAGGAUUCUGACCAGAGUGACUAAACUAUACGUAUACCUAAUAAUUUCUAAUUUGUAAGUGAUAUCACCUAUUGAUUAAUUAAUAAAUUUGCUUUUUUUUUCAUAUUUUGUU